AUGGUGGGCCACCAAGAGACAAACGGGAAUCACCGAGAAGAUCGGAAUGGCGACCAAGUAACAACAGAGAAACGAGUGGGAGUGAUCAACUGUCGGGAAAUGGGCGAGGGCUGGCAGAACAGGCUAAUCUUGGGACUGGACAUAUUGCAUGCCUAUGAUGCAUCUGUGGACAUAGGGUGCCAAACACUGUGCCUGGCAGAGGAAGAGGUAUCAUUAUGGAGCCUGGGAGCGGGACCCAGUCCUUCUGGCCUGGUAGUGGCCAAGGAUAUGAUACCCACAGAGUGCGAGGGAAUAGUGAUGGCUAGAAUGGAAAACCCCCUUGGAGUAGAAAAUGGUCUAGUAGAACCAAGCUCGCAUGUCCAUCCACCUGAAGGAAUCUACAUAGCCAGGACGGUGGUUCAAGACUGUCAGGAGGUUCCAGUGAGGGUCUUGAAUGUUACACAUUGGGACCAAAAGCUUAUGAGAGGAUCCCCUCUGGCACACUGUGAGCCAGUCACACUGGUGACUCUGCCUGAUGUGGGGCAGCACCAGGCCCAAGACCUAAGCUCAAAAUUAGAGGAUGUAAUCAUAAUGGCCAGGUCACACCUAACCAACGAAGAAUUUCAGGAACUGAAAGAACUCCUGGCCGAGUACGCUGACAUUUUUGCUGGAGAUAACAAGGACUAUGGGAGGACUAGCAAAGUGUAUCACCGCAUAGAUAUGGGAGACGCCCUACCAAUUCAACAGCCCCUGAGAAGAGUAUCCAUGGCAAAACAAGUGGAUGUAAAAGAAAUGCCUGACAACAUGCAACGGCAAGGGGUUAUAGAAGAAUCGGACAGCCCCUGGUCGUCCCCAGUCGUUUUGGUUAGGAAGAAGAAUGAGGAAAUCUGUUUCUGUGUGGAUUACAGAAAGCUGAAUGACAUCACAAAAAAAGAUUGCCUUCCACUACACCCUGGACACGCUGGCUGGAGCCAAAUGGUUUUCCACUCUUGA